AUGGACGACUAUCGCCCCCAGGUUUUGGUCGUUUCCAUUGUCUUCUUCGUCAUCGCCUCCGUCUUCGUCGCGCUGCGCUUCGUGUCGCGUCUCUGCAUCGUGCGCAAAGUCGGUGCUCAUGAUUAUUUGAUCUUGUUGGCCUGGAUCCUUGACUUUGGUUUCUCCUUCUCCCUCUUCUAUGCGACCAGCAAAGGCCUGGGUCUCCAUGACCCCGACAUUGACGCCGCCGCUCGUCCAAGUCUCAAUCGCGCCAAUUAUGUCUUUACCGUGCUCUACAAUCCGGCCCUGAUGGCUGUCAAAACCUCCAUUCUCGUCUUCUACCUGACCCUCACGCAAGGGGAGAAAGUGUUCCGCUGGGCCAACUACGUGACUCUCGCCGUCGUAAACGCCGCCGGUCUGGCCCUGACCUUGGUCAAUGUCUUCCAGUGUCGCCCCGUCGGCGCUGCCUUCGCCUACCCCAAGCCUCCCGAUGCGACCUGCAGCGACAUCCUCACCUUGUACCUCUCGUCCUCCCCCGUCAACAUCAUUACCGACCUGGCUAUUCUCUUCCUGCCGAAUCCCAUCCUGACGCAGAUGCGCCUCCCGCGCAAACAGAAGAUCAUCCUGGUCAUUACCUUCAGUUUCGGCUUCUUUGUCGCCGUUGUGGAUGUCAUUCGCAUUGCCUAUCUGCAGAAUGCCGCAACUUCGCGCCAGGUGGCUUUGAAGGAGCUUCACCUUCAAGAUUCCCCAGGUGAUGACUUCAAUUGGUUUGCCUCUUUGUCUUUCAUGUGGUCCGUUGUCGAAGUCAACGUCUCCGUCAUAUGCGCCUGCGUGCCCAGUCUGAAGCCACUAGUGGCUCGCAUCGUCCCCAAAUUGAUUCGCGACUCCGAUGGCAGUUCACAGCCAUCGGUAGAUCCUGCUAUGCCCGAGCUGCCUGAGAUGGCUGAGCCCCCGUCUCCAAACGCAAUCCCUAGCGGCUUGAAUACUAUGCCUCAGACCGAGCAUCAGAGUAAACAAAACUCGCAGUCGGGCAGUCGUAGCAGUGGUAGUCGGCGAGAAAUAGAAGGCCCCAUAGACAUGCUCCAGUUCUUGACGGCGCGCGACCCUGCGCCUGCGGAUGCCGAAGCCGCAGAGACGAACACCGCAACCAUCACCAGCGCCUCCUAUCCCCCGACGAUUACGUUCUUCGACUUUGUUAACAUGCGGAAACCGACAAGCAUGCUCAAACUGAGCAACAAGGAAUCAAUCGCUCCCGUGGCCCUGACCACCGUUCUCUUCUUCCUGUGGGGCUUUGCCUACGGGCUGCUGGACAUCCUCAAUACUCAAUUCCAGCAGAUUGUGCGACUAGAUGCCUGGCGCUCUCUGGGCCUCCACGCCGUCUACUUUGGAGGAUACUUGGUGGGACCGCCGUUGGUUGGUCGGAUCGUGCUGAAGCGAUGGGGAUUCAAGGCCACUUUCAUCACGGGCUUGUGUAUCUACGCGUGUGGAACUCUGAUCUUCUGGCCGUCGGCCGUGCUGACUUCGUACUCCGCGUUUACCAUCUCGAACUUCAUCGUGGGAUUUGGACUGGCAGUGCUGGAGACCGCGGGCAACCCGUUCAUUGCGCUCUGCGGUCCGCUUGAAAACUCCGAAAUCCGAUUGAAUAUCUCCCAGGGCGUCCAGGCGGUCGGCAGUGUCCUCUCGCCGUUGCUGGCCAAGAAAGUCCUGUUCCGAUCCGUGACCGACGUCUCCGCCCUGGUGGAUGUUCAAUGGACGUACCUGGGCAUUGCGCUAUUCGACGUACUGCUGGCUGUGGCCUUCUAUUACCUCCCCAUUCCGGAGGCCUCGGACGAGGACCUGGAGGAACUGGCCAACCGGCGUCGCGCAGACAACAUGACCAAAGUGCUGGGCGUGCCCGUGAUCUGGGUGACCCUGGCGCUGGGGAUCUUUUCGCAAUUUUUCUACGUGGCUGGGCAGGAGGUGUUGUCCAAAAGCUUUGCGACCUUUGUCGACUCGGCCCAUCCUGGAUCCCACCUGGACAGCUUCCAGUAUUUGACCAUUGGUCACUCGGUCUUUGCCGUCGGGCGAUUCCUCGCUGCCUUUUUGCAGUGGUUCUUAAAACCACGCUGGAUUCUCCUCCUGUCUUAUGUGGGGAUGAUCGUCUUCGCCGUGCUCUGCAUGAAGACCACCGGGCCUGCGGCCGUCGCGAUGGCACUCAUGGUGUAUCUGUUUGAAAGCGGCGCGUUCAGCAUUAUCUUCGCGAUCGCCCUGCGCGGCACAGCGCAACACACCAAGACGGCCGCCUCGCUGCUGACGAUGGCCAUCAGCGGCGGGGCCUGCUUCCCCUUUGCCCAGUAUGCCGCCGAAGUGGCCGGCGGCGUGUCUUUCUCCUACAGCGUCCUAGUGGCCAUGUUCUGCGCCGGGGCCAUCUUCCCGCUGUACCUGAACCUGGUGCCCGCGGCCAAGAAACAGGUCGACCCCGUUCCGAACGAGUAUCUGCGCCGUCAUCGACGCCGCAGUCGCGCCAAGCCCAGCGUCGUGCAGCGAGAGAAAGAGAAUCCGUCGGUCGGAGGCGUCUUCUCGCGCCGACGCAGCGUGCUCUCCGAUCCGCUGUCCACCGUGCACCUCCCCGACCAGUCGCCGUCGCAGUCGAACAACCCUCCGACCACCAAGCGCUCCUCGGUCCAGGGGGGCCUCAUGCAUGAUUUAGCCCCGUGGCCUGAAUCCUAACGCCGUCGUGGAUGUCCCCUUUCCUUUCGUUUAUAACUCCAUCUAUCUCGCAUCUCGAUUUCCCUUUCCAUGAUACCCAAAUCUUACGAUCUUACGGCUACUAUUUAUACCCGAUGUGGCGACGGAUUUAACUUGAAACAGACAAAACAACAAAAACCUUUCAUCUUUUUUGGCUUUUUGCAUCAGCGAGGAGUUGAUCGGUCUUUGGACUCAAUCGCAGUAUAGAUGGUUCUAUCUAUAUCUUGAUAUUCAUCAUGAAUGCAUGGACCGGAUGGUUCCGGUUCCCGAUUCCAAAAAAAGGAACGAAAAGAAAAGAGCGAAGGAUCGAACAGCCUGGAUCAAACAGACCAGGUUGGAAUUGAGUGUUUGUACAUACCUAGCAUAUACUGCGAUGUAAAGUUUGGCAGUUUUUAUUUUACCG